CCUUUUCCCCCUACUCUCUCUUUCAAAUUGCACCUAACUCUCUCGCUGGGCAGUGAGCACAAUUGCUAUCUUCUUCUAACCUUUAUUUCUCUCUCCAUCUCUCACACAGGCAGUAUUCCAUACCCCUAGCUCAUCAGUAAUGGCUAAGUUAGUGCUUGUACUGCUUAUUUUGGCCAUGACUGGCCAUUCAAGUGCCACAUGGUGCAUUUGCAAGGAUGGGUUGAGUGAUUCAGUUUUACAGAAGACCUUGGACUAUGCUUGUGGAGCUGGGGCUGAUUGUAACCCUACUCAUCAAAACGGGCCUUGUUAUACACCCAACACGGUUAGGGCUCACUGUAACUAUGCUGUUAACAGCUAUUUCCAGAAGAAGGGUCAAGCUGCAGGCUCUUGUGAUUUUUCUGGCACUGCUACUGUCAUUACAACUGACCCAAGCAGUUCUGGAUGUUCUUACCCCUCUAGUGUCAGUGCUGCAGGUAGUACCACGGUAACCCCAACUCCCAUCACCACCACACCUUCAACCUCUACAACACCAUCAACCACAACACCGACAACCAUGACACCCACAACUGCAGCGCCAUACACUGGAACUGGAACAUCAACUGGAGUGCUAGGAGGAGUAGGCACUGGCUUGGGUCCCUCUGGCAUCAACACAGACUACAGCGAUGGUGGGUUCAGACUCCAGCAGUCUAUUAGUCUGUUCUCUUUCUUUACAUCCCUCUUGAUGCUUUUGUGGGUUUGAGAAAAAACAGUGGCAGUGCCUGUGGCUAGGUAAUGACGUAGGGGUGGUUGCUGGUGGUAAUGCUGGAUUUAGAUGUUCAUUAAUGGGGUAUCCCAUGUGAUUCUGCUGUUAUCUAAAGAUGUCCUACUUAAGUUUUUGUAAUCUUCUCCCAUUUGGGCAAAGAGAUGGCCAUUGUAUUCUCUUUUGGGUGGUAUUGUGGUAUCUUUUUGUCUCCACUAUCUUUUUGUUUUUCACCUGUUUCAUGUACAUCUAGAUCUAGAAGGCUGUAAACUAUUAAUUUUAUGAGUAUUUGGCACCAGAACAUCCUCCUU